UGGGAUCAAUGUUGUAUCUGCUUUUUGGAGUGUUUGCAGGCAAUUUCUUCGUUCUUUCGGCGUCCCACACACUCGGACCAAGCAGGCGCACAAAAGGACACCAACAAAAACCCAAAAUUCAGAGACCCCCCAGUGGCGAUCCAUCGGGGGAUGGGGUCUGGCGCUGUUGGAGAAAAAACUCACAGAAAGUGAUGGAGCUAGCGAUGGGGCAAGCGGGUUCUAUGUCGGCAUCGGUUCAUGACAAACUUCAACAAUGAAUGAGAGAGAAAAUUCUUCAGCAAAAUUCUUUUCCCCUGAUAGUUUCGACUUCCAAGAGUAAUGAAGCGUGC